AUGAGCCCUGCUGUAGAUACCAGUGAAGCUCUGUCACAGCGGAAGACGACCGAACAUGGUACCGCAAACGGGAGCAAUGGGAGCUUAAAGGUUGAAAAGCAAUGCCCUUCUCAUUCUGCUGAGCGGAAACACAGUCGAGUAAAUUCUCAUGGCUCACAGUCCAACGGCGAGACCGACCAAUGCUCAACCAAUGGAGACGACAACACGAAUGGGCAACGGAAGCACGAUACGACUACGGUACGGCAGCCUGCCGGAGGGCGAUAUAAAUUGGCCAGCAUGGAACACGAGCAGGGACUUGGGAUCCUAGUUGAGCAUUCACCAAACAACGGACCUAAUCCUGGCCAGUUGUCGGUAGUGGAUGUAUACGAUGGCCCCAAGGCCAUGGCUGCUUUGGCUGAUUUGUCUACUGAUCUGUCUCACCAACUACCAGCAGACAAAGAGAAGGUCAUGAAGCUGUCUCCUGAGAAGAUCCAGGCCCUCACGUCCUCCCCAGACUCAAUACCUUACCGCCCUGUGGAAUCAGAAUCGAACAGUGGAAGGCGAGUAGUCUCGGACAAUGUGCACCUGAACAACCUUCCCGCACAGCCGGGGAUGCCGGAGCUUGUGUUUCAGCCACCAAGCGAAAAGCCAUCACCCGCAGACGUUUUGCCAAAGUUGCGGCCCACUAAAGAGGCGUUGGCGGGAGAUGCUUCUACGCACACGAGUCCACCGCGGAAUACUCAAAAUUCUUCCCUCCGCCACCGGCCGCAGCCAGCUCGAACUGUUUCCACCCCUGGGUCCAUGCGGCGUCAAUUGCCCGUUACUCCAGGUCAUGACCGUCUAACCCAGACAUGGGCAUCGCGCUCGAGACAGGACCGACCCGCGCUGGACCGCGAGUUAAAGGGCCACCUCAUUGCAUCACCUCAGAUUAUAGAAUCGCCCAAGUCCUCGCCCUUGCCAUCAUCUAUCCCCUUGCCGCCAGUUUCUCUGCCAACAUAUCUUCAGCUUGAGCUUGCUUCUGGCAGACCUUCACCACUGUACAUUCACCGUGACGCAGCCAACGACUUCCCUUAUGAAUCAUCACGAGUGAAGAUUGAGAGGCUCAUGAACUUCAUUAUGCUUGCACCUAUGCUCGAGCAGGUACUUUGCUUCGGGAGUCUUGCUUGCCUUGAUGCCUGGCUUUAUUCUUUCACGAUCAUGCCAUUGCGGUUUAUCAAGGCUGUGUAUAUCUUGGGCGAGUCAUGGGUAAUGAACCUAGGAGCCGAGAUCCGAUUCAUUUGGAAAUUUGUGGUGAAUGGAAUCGGCCGAGUAUGGCGCAGGAGGAAUCAUAAUGUGAAGGAGGAGCAGCGUGGAAGACGCGAAAGCGAAUCUGACGCCACUCCUCACCUUCCUCGGGGCUCCUCUGCCGGGCCAGCCAUGGGACCUACCCGGAAACACCGAUCCUCCGAAUCUCGCAAACACCACCAUCGGCGGAAGAAGUCGAUGCCCUCGGCCCUACUUCCAGACGACAAGGCGGACAUCCUGACCGGUCUGCUGAUGAUAGCCACAUGCUGUGUUUUGAUGUACUUCGAUGCCAGUCGAAUGUACCACUGGAUUCGAGGACAGGCUGCUAUCAAGCUGUACGUCAUCUACAAUGUGCUGGAGGUAAGCGACAGACUCUUGGCUGCUAUAGGUCAAGAUGUCCUCGAAUGUCUGUUUUCACGGGAGGCCCUCGAGCGUCGUCCGGACGGCCGAAGCAAGAUUAUUCGUCCAUUCUGGUUGUUCUUGGUGGCAUUGGUCUACACAGUAUCCCAUGCUUUGUCUCUGUUUUACCAGGUGAUGACUCUGAAUGUGGCAGUGAACUCAUACUCCAACGCACUGAUAACGCUACUUCUAUCCAACCAAUUUGUGGAGAUCAAGUCUACCGUCUUUCGCAAAUUCGAGAAAGAAAACCUCUUCCAGCUCACCUGCGCGGACGUCGUGGAACGGUUCCAGCUAUGGCUGAUGCUUACUAUCAUCGCUUCUCGUAACAUCGUUGAGACGGGCGCAUUCAACUUCAUCGGCAACCUCGGGUUGGGAUCUAGCUUCCCGGGCCAAUCCUCCACAAUCACCAACAGCACCCCACUAUCCACGCCUCCACGCACUGCAUCAUCCAUCCUCCCUCAAGCAUUCACCCUCUUCCCAUCCUCAAUCCUGUCAUCCUUCAACAGCGUCAACUCCUUUAUCCCAACAUUGGCCCAAGUCCUAGGCCCAUUCCUAGUCGUGCUAGGCUCUGAGAUGCUAGUAGAUUGGCUCAAACACGCCUACAUCAACAAAUUCAACAACAACCGCCCAGCAAUCUACGGCCGCUUCCUCGACGUCCUAGCAAAGGAUUACUACACCAACGCCUUCGGCGAACAAAAUCUAACCCGUCGCAUCGGUCUACCUGUCAUCCCGCUCUCCUGUCUCUUCUUCCGAGUCUCCGUCCAAACAUACCAAAUGUUCCUAGCAGCCCUCAUCCCCCAAAACCCAUCUUCCACAGCAAAUGGAGCAACCUCCUUAACCUCAAUCCACAAUAACUAUGCUCCCUCCCCAAUUCCCUCAGCACCACCCUUAACACUCGCAACUCUCCUCCCAGCCUCCGCAGCCCACGUCAGCGCAUUCUUCCGCACCGUCCUUGAAAACGCCAUCCCGUCUCCAGCACAGUCCGUCCAUAUCUUCACCGGUAUCCUGCUUUUGACGGGGUUCAUCGUCCUGCUCAUUCUGAAACUCUUACUGGGGAUGGUCCUGCUUGCAUUUGCGCGUUCGCGUUACAGGAAAAUAAAGGCUCGGGAGAGUGAGCGCAAACAAUCUGGUUCUGAGAGUGGGGCACCUCGCUCUCGGGAUUUCCAUGUUGAGGGUAGUCAGCGUGUUGGUGGGUGGGGUGUUGUUGAACUUGGAGAUGAAAAGAGGAAAUUGAUCUAUGCUGAUGAUCCGGAUGGGCUGCGGCGGGUGAAGGAGAAGGAGGAGAAGGAUAAGAGUAAGGAUGGGGAGUUUAAUGUUGACCAUGUACAGCGAUAUGAGAUGAUUGCCAAGAAGAUUUGGUGA